AUGAGGCCGCUACUGAUGAAGGGUCACGAGAGGCCGCUGACGUUCCUCAAGUACAAUCGCGACGGCGAUCUGCUGUUUUCGUGUGCCAAGGACCACCAGCCCACCGUGUGGUACACGGAUAACGGCGAGCGCGUCGGCACGUACAAGGGCCACAACGGAGCAGUGUGGACGUGCGACGUCUCGCGCGACUCCAAGAUGCUUAUAACGGCGUCGGCGGAUCAGAGCGUGAAGCUGUGGGAGGUGGAGACGGGCGUGCCGUACUACACCUUCACCAUGGACGGCCCUGCGCGCUCCGUCGCUCUCUCGGAGGGCGAGCAGCUCGCGGCGAUCACGGUGGAUCCGUUUAUGGGGAGUGUACCGGCCAUCCACGUCAAGCGGAUCAAGGAGGGCAGCCGAGAGCAGGAGGACGAGUCUGUGCUGCAGAUCACAGGUCCCCAGGGUCGAAUCAUGCGCUGCGUGUGGGGCCCUCUCAACCAGACGCUCAUAGGCACGGGGGAGGACUGCAUCAUCCGCAUGUGGGAUGCAGAGACGGGCAAGUUGCUGCGCGAGACAGAGCCGGAAGUGGCGCACAGCAAGACAGUGACGUCGCUGUCCAAGUCAGCGGAUGGGUCGCACUUCAUCACAGGGUCCCUGGAUAAGUGCGCCAAGCUGUGGGACACGCGCACGCUGCGCCUACUCAAGACAUAUCAGACAGAACGACCCAUCAACGCCGUUGACAUCUCCCCUCUCUUUGACCAUGUGGUGCUGGGAGGAGGUCAGGACGCGGCGUCUGUGACCACCACUUCGUCACGAGCAGGCAAAUUCGAAGCCGUCUUUUACCACAAGGUUUUGGAAGAAGAAAUUGGGCGAGUGAAGGGGCAUUUCGGCCCGUUGAACGCUCUUGCAUUUGGCCCUGAUGGACGAAGCUUUGCAAGCGGUGGAGAGGAUGGAUAUGUCCGCCUUCAUCACUUUGACAAUGAUUACUUCCAUAUUCGAUCAUCAGAAAUGUCAGACGAUUGGGAUGCUGACGAUUUUGAGCCGCCGCCAGUGGUGGUGGCGAAAGAGCCGGUGAAGUCGUCAUGGGAGGACGAGGAGGAGGAGGAAGAAGCACCGGCCCCUACCACCACCGCCUCAGCGAAGCCCAAGGGAGAGAAGAAGAAGAAGAAAGCGGAGGACAAGGGGAAGGGCAAGGAGAAGGAGGAGGAGGAGGUGGAUGAUGGGGCUCUUGCGGACCCUGUAGCAGAGAAGCUAAGACAACAACGGCUCGUGGAGGAAAGCGAUUUCAAAGCAACAAAGGAGCUGUUUGGUGGGAAGAAAAAGGAGGGCGAGCGGUCACUGGACGACUUUCUACCCAAAAGCGAGGCAGACUUUAACGAGUUUGGAGAUUUGAUUGCUGCGAGAAUUACCCCCCACUCGAAGAGCUUUCACUACGUGACGCUGAUUAAGAACAUCCUGAGAAAGGUGGAGGCUCCGUUGGUGGGCAAGGACGCGAAGGAAAUUAGUGCUGCAGCAGCUGUGAUUGCGAAUGAGAAGCUCAAGGCGGAGAAGGAGGCAGAGAAGGGGAAGAAGAAGGGUGCCAAGAAGCAGCAGUUGACAGUGGAUCGGCCGGAGGAUGAUGACUAUAAGGGAUCGUAUGCUGGUCCUGAUGAUGAUUAUGACUUCAUGUGA